GAGAAACAAUUUGAAGUGCACUGUUCUUGCACUGAUUUUUUGUUGCAGUGGAUAAUGCAAAUACAAAAAUUAGAUCUACUAGAUUUAUGUACUUGUAAACUUUUAAAUUAUAGGCUAAUCAGCAUAUGGAUAAAAACGGAAUUCCUUCAUUCUUAUGCAAAUUAAAUUGAAUUUAAAAGGAUUCACCAGUCAAAUAAAAUCCCCUACGGCCCAAAAAGAUUUAGCUGUUUAGAUUCAGAAGCUGUUGGAGAAAGUAAAUCAUAAUUAUUCUUGCCAACUUGUCAAGUUCAGCCAACCGCUCAAACUAAAAGAGAAACCAUGGACUCUGGCUACCCACUCCAAAAUUACCAGCCACAGCCUACAGAGUAUGCACCUGCUCCACAAAACUUUAAAAGUGAGGAUCCACUCUCUGAUAAACCUCAGGAUGGUUAUGGAUACACUCCUAUCUCUGAGCCUCAAAAACAGACAAGCAACAGUGCUAUUGUUGUCAGUUCUCAGCCAACUCCUACAAUUGCUACCAAUAUUCGUCGUGAUGUUGGUGAUCAUUAUUUGGCUUUGUCUAUUGUCCUCACUGUUCUUUGCUUUAUUUGUGGGCCAUGGGUUGCACUCUUUUGUACUGCUUCAGCCAUCGCUUUCUCUAUACAGGCUCGUGAUGCUGAAGCUCGUGGUGACAUUGAGGGUGCACAGCGAAAUUCUCGCUUGUCACUUGGAUGCAACAUUGGAGGAGUGGUCACUGGUUUAAUUGCCAUUGCCAUGUUGCAAGUGAGAGCUCAAUGGACUUUUCUUUUGUGA